AUGACCCGCUUCCGACCAUGUAUCGACCUGCACGCAGGCCAGGUGAAGCAGAUCGUCGGCGGGACUCUCAGCACGCAAGAAAGCGAGCUCAAGACGAACCACGUCUCGCACCAUCCGGCCGAGUACUUCGCCGAGCUGUACCGCGCCGCCAACCUGGCCGGCGCCCAUGUCAUCAUGCUCGGGCCGGGCAACGACGACGCCGCCCGCGCCGCUCUGGCAGCCUGGCCCGGCCAUCUGCAGGUAGGAGGGGGGAUCACCAACGGCAACGCGAAGCAAUGGAUUGAGGCUGGUGCGGAAAGGGUCAUCAUCACGUCGUUUCUUUUCCCCGCCGGCCGUUUCUCUCUGGAGAGACUGCAAGCCGUGCUCGCGGCCCUGGACAACGACAAGUCCAAGCUCGUCAUCGACCUCAGCUGCCGCAGGAAAGACGACACCUGGUUCGUCGCCAUGAACAAGUGGCAGACCAUCACCGAGAUGGAAAUCACCAAAGAGAGCAUUGCAGCGCUCGAACCCUAUUGUUCGGAAUUCCUGAUCCACGCAGCCGACAACGAAGGCUUGCAGCAAGGCAUCGACACCGAGCUGGUCUCCAAGUUGGCCGAAUGGUGCUCUAUCCCAGUGACCUAUGCCGGGGGCGCCCGCACCGUGGAGGAUCUCGACCUCGUCAGGAAACGCAGCAAUGGCAAAGUCGACCUGACUAUCGGAAGUGCGCUCGACAUCUUUGGCGGGAGCGGAGCAUCCUUCGAAGACUGCGUCAGAUGGAAUCAAGACAAUGCAUCAUCAUCAUGA